AUGUGUGAGGAGCCGUUCAUCCCCCUGGACCCCUACUCAGGCCUUAGAUCAUGUGAAGAAAUGAUCACCGUGAGCUCCCAUGGCCGAAGACCUCCCGGGCAUCAUGGACGCCGGUUCUUCCUCCUGCUCCUCCUUUGCUCCCUGCUCCUGGGUCUGGGGGACGCCUUGCUCCACAGCCUCAAGGUGCUGCCGUUCACCUUCUGUACCACCCCCCACGUUCCCCUUUUCUUCUGCGAGGUGAUCCAGGUCCUCCGGUUGGCCUGCUCAGACAUGCUCCUCAACAACUUCCUCAUCUAUGCGGCCAUGAGCCUCCUGGAGCGCCUUCCUAGCUGUGGCUUCCUUUUCUCUUACUCGCCGAUCAUCGUCUCUGUCCUCAGGACCCCCAAGGCCGGUGUCAGUGCCAAAGCUUUUUCCACCUGCAGCUCCCACCUCUUGGUCAUGUGCUUGUUCUAUGAGAUGGGCUUCGGGGUGUACAUUAGCCAGGCCAUGACCUGCUCUUACCAGAGCACUACCGUGGCCUCCGUGGUGUACACGGUGGUCCCACAGAUGCAGAACCCCCUCAUCUACAGCAUGAGGAAUAAGGACGUGAUUGGGGCGAUGCGGCAGUUGAGUCGGAAGAUACUGUUUGUUUCUCGAGACUAUGCUUAA